AUGAUACAUAAACUAUCCUCUUUCCCAGCUCAGCCACGAUCAUCAAUCUGCUUUCCUGACGACGACGAUGACGACGGCGACGUCGACUUGAAUGACCGCGAGUCGGAAACGAGAAUCGAUGGAUCGCGUGGUGCGGUUUUCUUCUUCUUCUUCUUCUUCUUCUUCUCCUUCGCACUGCUUGAUACCUUCUAUCGCGAGCGCGCGAAGCAUGAGGCGAAGCAUGAGGCGUCUGUUUUCAUGGGUAGAUGGCGAGACCCGGACCCCAAACCCAGACCCGGACCCCAGACCCCAGACCCCUAG